AUGGACGCAAGCUUCUGGCGUGAGACCUUUGAGGCGGCGCUGCGCAUCACACGGGCGUGGCGCGCCGAGCAGGCGCACAGCGAGACGCUCCUCGCCGCAGCGAUCGAGUUCGACGGCCGGCUCACGCUGCUCGGGCCGUCGGCGCACCGCACACGGCCAGAGGCGCUCGGCGCGUUGCUUCGGACAGGCGACGUGGCCGCCAUCGACGCGCUAAGAGCGCGACACGAGCGUGGACUUUCCAACCUGCGCACGGCACUAAACACAUCGGUGGAGCGGUUUGGCGCGCUGCAGCUGGAGGCGGCGGCACUCCACGGUCGUUCGUGGGAGCGGUACACGAGGCUGCAGCACUCGCUGCCGCAAGAGGAGGCGCUUGCGCUCGCUUCGGAGCCGGCCAGCGUCGUGAUUGGAGCCGGGCGCGGUGUCCUGGCGGAGCAGGGCUUGCUGCCCGAGGCGCCGACGUUGCUUGGGUGGCUGCGCGACGCGAGCGCCUCACUAGAUGCGCGCAUACCCACGCCGGGCUCGCGUCUGUGCCGCGGCCAAGGCUCGCGCCGCCCGCUCAGCGUGCGUGCCUCCCUCCCCUCGCCCGUGCAGGUCGAUCGCGCCCUCUCACGCGAGAUGGAGCUCAAGCUUCGGCUGCUGCCGCUGCUCGCGCCAUCGGCGCGCGGCGACGCAACCCCGGGCUUCCUCGCGCGCGCCGCGCGCCUCUGGUGCCUGCAGCCAGCCUUGGAUCGGAGGGCGCUAGAGCGGCUGUCGUUCGCCGCGAGCUCCCUGGCUGUGGAGGAAUGA